CCGGGGCCGGGGCCGGGGCCGGGCCGGGCGUGCGGGCGGGCGGGCGGCAGCGCCAUGGCCGGGCCGCGGGGCGCGCUGCUGGCCUGGUGCCGCCGCCAGUGCGAGGGCUACGGCGUGGACGUGCGCGACCUCAGCGGCUCCUUCCGGGACGGCCGGGCCUUCUGCGCCAUCCUGCACCGCCACCGGCCCGACCUGCUGGAUUUUGACUCGCUCUCCAAGGACAAUGUCUUUGAGAAUAAUCGGCUGGCCUUUGAGGUGGCCGAGAAGGAGCUGGGGAUCCCUGCCCUCCUGGACCCCCAGGACAUGGUGUCCAUGCGUGUCCCCGACUGCCUCAGCAUUAUGACCUACGUGUCCCAGUACUACAACCACUUCGCCGGCCCGGGCCAAGCAGGGGUCUCGCCCCCCGCAAAGGGCCUGGCGCCUUCCUCCCCGCCCGCGGAAGUGCCUAGUCCAGUGGAACCGGGAGCCGGAACUCAGGACGAGGAGCUGUCCUCGGGCGCCCACCGACCCCCUAGCAGCACGUGCGCGGCCUGUGGGCAGCACGUCCACCUGGUGCAGAGGCACCUGGCAAAGGGCAGGCUCUACCACCGGCACUGCUUCCGGUGUCGCCACUGCGCCAGCACCCUGCUGCCCGGGGCUUACCAGAGCGGGCCGGAGGACGGCACCUUUGUGUGUGCCGAGCAGUGCGCCAGGCUGGGCCCAGGGGCGCGGUCGGGGGCCAAGCCGGGGCCCCCCCCGCAGCCGGGCCAGCAGGCGCAGCCGCAGGCCGAGGACUUGGAGAGAGGCAGCCCAGGCCCCCGUGCGGACGCCGCGCCCGAGGUGGACACCCCCAGGGCUGGCCCCGAGGCCCGGCCCCAGGUCCCCGCCAAGCCCCAGCUGGCGAGCAGACCCCCGGAGCGGGCCAGCUCCCCGGCCGGCCGCCCCACCCCGGCCCCCAGGAAGGCCGCGGAGGGCCCGGCGCUGACCCCACCCACGCCGCGGCCCCGCUCUAGCCUCGCGCACGAGAGCGCAGAGCCAGGGGGCAGCAGCCUUGUGAACGGACGGCUGCACGAGCCCCCGGUGCCCAAGCCCAGGGGGACGCCCAGGCUGUCCGAGAGAACGCCAGCCCCCAGGAAGGACCCACCGUGGAUCACACUGGUGCAGGCCGAGCCCAAGAAGAAACCGGCCCCCCUGCCCCCCGGCAGUCCCGGGCCCCCCAGGAGGGCAGACGGUGGGGGCCAGGAGGAGGGGGGCACCCAGCAGAGCCCCGCGCCCGCCGGCCCCGAGCCCAAGCCCUACAACCCCUUUGAGGAUGAAGAGGAGGAGGAGGAGGAGGAGCAGCCCCCCGCUGCUCCCAGCCCGGCUGCCGUGUCUGCCUUGUCGCCCCCCGAGCCCACCUCCAAGUCCCUGCACCCCUGGUACGGGAUCACCCCCACCAGCAGCCCCAAGACCAAGAAGCGCCCCGCCCCUCGAGUGCCCAGUGCCUCUCCACUCGCCCUCCACGCUGCCCGCCUCUCUCACUCCGAGCCCCCCUCAGCCACCCCGUCGCCCGCCCCGAGCGUGGAGAGUCUGUCGUCCGAGGGGUCCAGCCAGCCCGGCCCUGGGGAGCUGCUGGCGCCGCCCACCGUGCCCAAGAGCUCCUCGGAGCCUGCGGUCCACGCCCCGGGCCGCCCCGCCACCUCCGCCAGCCUCUCGGCCGCCUCCUCCUCGUCAUCCUCUGCGGAGCUGCUGGAGUCUCGGGGGGAGCAGACCCCCCAGGCCAGCCCGGCCCUGGCCCACAGUGGCCGGGGCAGCCCGCGGCCCCCGCCCACCAAGCCCACCCCACCCCCCAUGGGAGACCGGAGCCCGGCGCCCUCCUCCGGAACCUCGUCUCCACAGCUGCAGGUAAAGUCUUCCUGCAAGGAGAACCCUUUCAACCGGAAGGCGUCACCCACAGCGUCCCCGGCUGCCAGAAAGGCCACCAGGGGGUCCAAGCCAGCGAGACCCCCGGCGCCCGGUCACGGCUUCCCGCUCAUCAAGCGCAAGGUGCAGGCUGACCAGUACAUCCCCGAGGAGGACAUCCACGGCGAGAUGGACGCCAUCGAGCGCCAGCUGGAUGCCCUGGAGCACCGCGGGGUGCUGCUGGAGGAGAAGCUGCGCAGUGGGGUGAACGAGGGCCGUGAGGAUGACCUGCUGGUGGACUGGUUCAAGCUCAUCCACGAGAAACACCUGCUGGUGCGCCGGGAGUCGGAGCUCAUCUACAUCUUCAAGCAGCAGAACCUGGAGCAGCACCAGGCCGACGUGGAGUACGAGCUCCGCUGCCUCCUCAACAAGCCAGAAAAGGACUGGACAGAGGAAGACCGGGUCAGGGAGAAGGAGCUGAUGAAGGAGCUGGUGACGCUCAUCGAACAACGCAACGCCAUCGUCAACUGCCUGGACGAGGACCGGCAGAGGGAGGAGGAGGAAGAUAAGAUGCUGGAGGCCAUGAUCAAGAAGAAAGAGUUCCAGAAGGAGGCUGAACCCGAGGGCAAGAAGAAGGGCAAGUUCAAGACCAUAAAGGUGCUGAAGCUGCUGGGGAACAAGCGCGAGGCCAAGAGCAAGUCCCCGGGGGACAAAAGCUAGCCCGGCCGUGGCGUG